AUGCAGCCGAAGCGCCAUUUCACGCUCUACCGGAAGUCGAAGGCGGCCGCGCAGCGUGCUGACCUUCUGCAGAAAUCGUCAUCGCAAGGAAAGCAUAAAAAAGGCUUUCUCUCUUCGAUUGUGCCGAUUCGUGCGAGGAGCAUGGUUAGAAAAAUGGACGAUACGGGUGAGAAAACUUAA